UUGUCUGUUUCAGAGUAGAAAUGUUAGGGACCUGUACUCCCUUUUUGAGCCUAGGGGCAAGGUUAAAUUUAAAAUUAGAACCACGGAUUCAUUCAGCUACGAAGCUUUUCUCUUCGGGAUACACAUCAGAAAUCAAUAAAUCCUUUGGAUUUUCUGAAAAAUCCUCCAAACUUUUUCCAAGUAAAUCCUUGAACCACAUAAAUCCGCGAAAUCUUCAUACUUCUUUAACUAAUUACAAGAAGUACAAGAAGUCCCGCUUGGAACAGUUCAAGAGUAAGUUUGUAAGCGCAGAGGAUUUAAACAAACGUCCAUCUGAUCUAGAGAUUGCCAAGAAAGGAUUGCCGCCCAACCAGCCGACCCUGCAGGGGAGAAUAGAGAGGGAUAGAAGACAUAUGUUUCAUCAAAUGGAUCCUAAACAUGGAUACUGGACAAAUAAACCGGUUCCUGUUAUGGAACAGAUGAAAAUAGAAAUGAGAAGUAAUCCUAAGAAGCUUUUGACCCAAAGUUUUCAGAUAGUGAAGGGGGAGGUGGAGAAGUGGACGGAUGAGGUGAAAGGAGGGGAGUACAACGUCAACAAGAACCUCAGGGAGGCCUUCGUUCGACCAGGACAAAGGAAUAAAGAGUGGGGUUUCCAAUCGGAGCUGGAACUAGAUGAAUGGAUUGUAACACGUGACUCUGACUGGGGUGAAGGAUAUAGUUCCGCUGAACUAAAGAUGAACAGUGCUGGUACUGGAGCUGUGUUUAGUGGAGAACUGUCUACUAGAGUACCAGCUGAUGGUAGAACUGAGGAAGCAGGUUAUGUAAACAUUGCGAGUGUAACAAAACGAAAAUCAUUUGGAAGAAUGAAACUUCUAAACCAUUGGGAUAAUUACACUCAUCUUACAAUGAAUAUUAGAGGGGAUGGAAGGAAGUAUCUGCUAAACCUGAAGGUGAAAAGAGAUCUAGAUAUAACCUGGGAUGAUCGGUGGCAUUAUCCUCUAUAUACCAGAGGAGGACCUUACUGGCAGUACGUUAAAAUACCUUUUUCAAAAUUCAUUUUUGGAUAUCAAGGGAUGAUCCAGGAUAGGCAGCAGAGAGUCCCAUUGAGAAUAAUGCAAGGAAUGUCAAUAACCCUCAAGGAUAAAAUUACCGGACCCUUCCAGUUGGAGAUCAAGGAUAUUUCACUCCACAAUGAUCCUUUCGGAGAUGAUGAACAUUUUGCUUACGAGUUUUACAAAGUUCCAAACUUCUGGAUUGGUCUAUAAACAUCAGAUCUAGGAAAUACAACUUCUGGGUCGGUUUGUAAACAACAGAUCUAGGAAAUCAAACUUCUGGAUUGGUCUGUAAACAACAGAUUUAGGAAAUCAAACUUCUGGAUCGUUCUGGAAACAACAGAUAUAAAAAAUCAAACUUAUGGAUUGGUCUGUAAACAACAGAUCUAGAAAAUUAAACUUCUGGAUCGGUCUGUAAACAACAGAUCUAUGAAAUCAAACUUCUGGAUCGGUCUGUAAACAACUGAUCUAGGAAAUCAAACUUCUGGAUCGGUCUGUAAACAACAGAUCAAUGAAAUCAAACUUCUGGAUCGGUCUGUAAACAACUGAUCUAGGAAAUCGAACUUCUGGAUUGGUCUGUUAACAACAGAUCUAGGAAAUCAAACUUCUGGAUCGGUCUGUUAACAACUGAUCUAGGAAAUUAAACUUCUGGAUUUGUCUGUUAACAACAGAUCUAGGAAAUUAAACUUCUGGAUUGGUCUGUAAACAACUGAUCUAGGAAAUCAAACUUCUGGAUCGGUCUGUUAACAACAGAUCAAGGAAAUCAAACUUCUGGAUUGGUCUGUUAACAACUGAUCUAGGAAAUUAAACUUCUGGAUCGGUCUGUAAACAGCGGAGCUAGGAAAUUAGUAAAGAUGAAGGCAGAAUAAAUUCAUACAGACAAAUUAUUAGAUUUUACAACACUCCGGAGAGUUUUGGGAAUACUAUAAGAGAGCCUAAUCAAAGCUCGUAAAUACAGCGUCUUAUUUGAAUUUUAACAAAGUUCAUGGAACUUAUAAAUUCUUUAUUUGUUUCCAGAUUUUACUUCUAAGAAAAUUGUAAAAAUCGGAAUAAUAACAAACGUUUUAAAUUUCGUUCUCAGACCUGACUAGAAAAUGUUGUUAUUAAUAUGAUUUUUAAAUAAAGUAAAUUAUAAGUCUUAA